ACGUCACUGUUCGCUUAUCGAUUACCUCGGCGACCCCUCGUGUAGCUGCAUGGAGAGCCUCAAUUGCCGAGCAUCUAACUCAUGAGACCGACAGCAUGGCUCGCGCAAAGCAGAGCCUUUGCGACAAUGGCGCUCUCUCCCACCUCAGUUCAAGUACUCGCCCGCUUGCGCGCAUACACUCCGCCAACCACGAAUUACUAUAAUUGUCCCUUGAGCCGUCGCGCUGCCGUUCUGAUCGUUCUCUUUCCCGACCGCCAUGGCGACCUCAAAGUCGUACUUACUAUGCGAAGCGCUUCGCUAAGGAAUUAUGCGGGCCAAGCUGCUCUACCUGGUGGAAAGGCAGACUCACUGGAAGAAACACCAUGGGACACUGCCAGGAGAGAGGCAUAUGAAGAGAUUGGAUUGCCCCUAGAUGAUUCCAAGCUAAAGGGCUUCAAAGUGGAGCACCUCUGCGAGCUACCAGCGAACCUGGCGAAGACGGAGCUCGGUGUUCGUCCUUGCGUAGCAUACCUAUCGCCGAGCGCCUCGGACAGCGGUACUUCGUCUGGCAGUGACAGCGAAGUCGAGGAUCGCCUGAUUCCUCGUCUCGACCCCAAAGAGGUUGCCGCCGUCUUCACCGCACCCUUCCGCGCCUUCCUCCGUAAAGAGUGGUCCGGGCCGGGCCCAAUGCCAGUUCAGAAGAACGGCACGCCAGAGAAAUGGUACCGAGGCAGCUGGACAGACUGGCACGAGAGCCGAUGGCGUAUGCACAAUUUCUACAUUCCCAAGCCCCCUCCAUCCUCCCAGGAAAUGCGGAGGAAUGCUGCCAACUCACAGCUCCCAGCCAAAUCCUCCGAGCACGGGAGUGGUCAGCCCGAAGGCGACGAUCCGAGGCCGGAACCUAGCGCGUUGGAUGAUCUGACGACGUUCAGGGUGUUUGGCAUGACAGCGAGGAUUUUGGUUGAUGCGGCAAGGGUUGCGUAUGGGGAGGAGCCGGAUUUCGAGCAUAAUAGCCAUUUCGGAGAUGAGCGCUUGAUUGGGAAUCUACUGAAGAUGGGGAGGCUGAGUGAGGUGAGAAAGAAGGGUGAGGUGUUGACCAAGAACGUAGUGCAACAAGCUAGUAAGAUAUGACCGUCAUGCAAUGAAGAAAUUGUUGUGUUGCGCAAGCAGGCUAUACUGUAGAUCGAAGGUCGGCAGGAGCACUUGUCUCGUGUGGAACUUGUAGUCUAGCAACCGGGAACAGUGCUUCUCUAAGCACAUGUACGGCGAACCAUGCGUCUAGAUGCUCUCCAAAAGACAAUUCUGGUGUCUUGAGAGAAAGUUUCUACAUAGUUGUGGAAGGUAAUCACAUCCCAACGUCUUGUCAGCUUUCGGGGCGAUUUAAG